CUCUUUCUCUCUCGCUAGCUCUCUCUCAAGCAUGGGUGACUACACGAGGUGGAAGAACGCUAGAAAGAAAGAAGCUGAUGAUGGAGGUGAUAGAGCAAGUCCAUUCAAUCGUCUCCCUGAUGAGUGCAUCCUUGAGAUAUUCAGCUACAACCCUGACCCUACAGACCGCUGGUCCUGCUCUUCGGUGUCCAAGAAAUGGCUCAUUUUGCAAGCUCACAUGAAGAGCUCAGACUUCAAACUCCGACCACCAACCCCAACAUGCAACGCCGGCGCCGGAGCACCUUUUUCCAGGUGCUUGGAGGGAUGUAGUGCUGUGAACGCAAGGUUAGCUGCCAUGGUGGUCAGUAAGUAUUCAAAGGGGAGGAUUAGUACUCUCAGCAUCAGAGGCGACGUCCCUGAUCCCGAAACUAAAUCACACCCUCAGGCAAAUGGGUUCACUGAUUAUGGGCUUCAAGUUGUUGGGUCUAGUUUCCCCUACCUGAAGUCCCUAUCCUUAUGGGGUUGUCUUCACAUUACAUGCAGAGGUCUGGCAUGCAUGGCGAGAGGCUGUGGCCUGUUAGAGAAGCUUGAUCUGUGCGAGUGUCCGCUGGUCUCCGACGAGGGCAUGGCGUUUGUUGCGUGUAACCUGAACAAGCUCACGAAACUCAGCAUUGACUCGUGUCAAAAUGUAGGCAAUGCCACCCUCAAAGCCUUUGGAGCACAUGCUCCAACUAUAAAGUCCUUAUGCAUAUCGGGUUGUCCCCUUGUAGGUGAUGAAGGGAUCGCUGCCAUUCUUGAAGGGCUGCCCAAUUUGAAGAGACUUAAACUUGGUAAAGUCUUUUCACAUCUACCCGUAGUGCUGGAACACGUUAGGCGUGUAAAGCCACUGGCUCACCUAGCACUCGAUAAAGUACUCCCUUCUAAGAAGAUUUGCACCAUUAAUGAAGAUCGCCUUCAUGAUCCAUUCAGGGCUGUUGGGCUGGAAUGUAAGAACCUUAAGAACAUAUUUUUGUGCAGAUGCAUAGAUGACGAGGGCUUGUUAGUCCUAGCCCAGGGGGCUGCCCUUUUAGAGAGUUUAACCCUAAAGGAAUGUGCGCAGAUAUCUUUGAGUGGGUUGGUAGGCUUCUUGACAAGGUACGGUAAGAACCUCAAGGGCCUUUCCUUGGUCAAAUGCAAGGGGAUUGUGGAACCAACCGACUGGACAGUGCCGCCAUUAAUGCUGCCACCUUCAUGCAGCAAGUUGGAAAGACUGGUGGUGAACCGAUGCCCCAACGUAGGGGAUGGUCUGUUGAUGUGGAUGGGGAGGGUGUGCUGGGACCUGCGUGAAGUUGAACUGGUUGGGUUGGGGGGCAUCUCAGACAAAGGACUGUUGAGCCUGCUGCUUGGUGGCAGAGAAAAGCUUCUUCGUCCAAGCUUAGAAAGGGUGUGGUUGAGCGGAUGCUCAGGAUUGACAGAUGUGUCGCUGUUCUGUAUAGCCAGCGGAUUUGCGGAGGGGUUGAGGUCGCUUGGCCUGGGGAAGGGCCUUGGGGUAAGUAGUCAAUGUCUUCAAGUAAUUGCCUCCUGCUGCCCUAACCUGUUGGAUUUGAACCUUUCUGGCUCUUUGAUUGAAGACGGUGCGUUCGUCUGCCUACCCAAUGAGGCUCACUGUGACUGAGCCUCAACAAAAUGCUGCAACUAGUUUAAGCAGAAGCAGGCCCGAGACUAGUAAGUGUGUUAAUUUGGACCCGUUUGCUUGAGUCUUGAGUAUAUUGGGAGUAACCGGUUUGGAUCAAGUGACAUGGUAGCUUAAUUUACUAAUAUGUUGUCGGCGGUGGACAAUGCCUUGUAGGCACUAUAAUUGAGUUGAUUUCUUGUCGGUGAUGCUCAUGGCGGGUUUCUUUUUCUGGGCGUAAUUUCCUUGUAUUUCAUUUGUUAUAAUUAAUAAUAAUGGAGCAACAUUCGAGGG